AUUUCUGUGUGUAGAACAAUGUUUACCUAAAACACAUUGCAUCUUCACAAUACUUUUAGAAAUAUGUAUUAUACAAAAAGAGGAUGUAUAUAUCGUAGCGUUUGUACAAUCAACUUAACAUUCCUUGUUCAGAAAGAGAGAUAUUGAGAACAUUUCAUUUUUUACAGAUGGAAGUGGAGUGUCGGUUCCUAUGCCCCCUACAUUUGAAAAAAUAAAAGAGGAGAUACUGAAGAAGAUUGAAUCUGGAGAUAUUCUAUUAGGAUCUUUGGUUGAGCCAAAAAAAUAUAAAAAAGCUGUGAUAAAGAAUGGAGUGAUUUUCAAUGAAGAAUUCACAGUAUCUGGUCGUUGUAUACCACUGAGUGACAUUCGCAGAAAGAUUUUUGAAGAACAUCAAAGUUUGGGGAUUAUGAGAAAUCCAAAAGGUGCUUUGACAAGAUACUUCAUACUAUGGUCUGAUCAUGCAUCACUUUUGAGUGCUGGCCAUUUACUAUUGACUGUCAAAGUUGUUUACGAUGACAAGUUAUUUUAUACAGAUGAGGAAAUGUAUGCAAAAACAGGAAUUUGUCAUGAUGUUCAAGAACUUGUGGAGCGUCCAUCCGUUUAUAUUAUUGGUUUUGCCCAGGAUAGCAUUGCAGAGAAGCUUUCAUAUGUCGAAACCAGACUUAAUGACAUUAGAAAAUUGUCUGACCCAUUAAUUGUCAAUGAUAAGAAAGUGGUUGAUGUGAUAAGGUUUUUUCAUGGUGACCAUCCUGAAAUACAAUACGAGAGUGGUAACUCUCAUGGUGGAAACUUUCCCUGUCUUUGUGGAUGCAAAAAAUCAAGAUUUACAGAUAUAGCCCAUGUCUACAGUAACAAAAUAGUGUCCUUGGAACAAAGAAGGAAGAAGGUAAUAUCAGGCCCAGCAGGACAACAACAAAAAGCUGUGUCUCCAUUUCAACAACUCAAUGUGGAGAAACUGGGUCUUGAAGUAAAUUACAGAAACCUUGACCGUGACUUACCAGUUCAUCAAAAGUUGCACAAAAAGGACCUUGAACAGCUACUAAAAAAUCAUUUGACAGGAAUUAUCCGUGUUCCAGCUCUUUGCUUUGGAAAUGAACAUAGUACAAUGGAGUCCUUGAAUCUUGCUAAUUAUGAAGUGAUGCCGAUUGAACCACUGCAUGAUUGUAAAGGACAUAUCAAGAAUUUGUGGGAUGUUUUGCAUGAAGUGUUGACACCUCAAGAGAAUAAAAUUUUUCAACAGUCCCUAGAUGCCACAUAUGGUUCGAAGGACAAGGUGAGAGGAUCUGACUAUCGGCUGUCAUCAAUAGUUGUUUACCAAUCAAUGCAAAGCACUUAUCCCAAAAAAGGUCCCCACGAAUUAUUCUACGAUUACAUAAUAUUAGUUUCCAGCAUGCCAUGUUGUGCCAAGAUCUGUUUGGGCAUAAUUUAA